GGAGGACUGUCCCCGAAAGAGAGGCAACACAGAUGACAGAUUAAAGAAAGGUCGCGGAAUUUGACGUCUGGAUCCCAAAAUCCCCUCCGAAAUAGCCCUUUUCCCUCUCCAUAGCCACACCACGCCCUUCCCCUUCUUUUCUUCUUCUUCUUCUUCUUUUUCUUCCCUCCGAAAUCUUCUCUCUCUCUGAAUUCCUCUUUUUCUCACCUCCCCAGAUCUGAUCCUUCUUGAAUUUCCAUUCGCCGCCCAUUGCCGCUGCUUUUUCCGAUGGGGUUCUUUCCCUUUCUGGUGGUUCUGUUGUUUUAGCGCCACCGGAUUUAGGGUCUGGAAACUGGAAAUGGAAUUCUCUUCUUCCGUCGAUUUUCCCGGAAUCCAUCGGGAUACUCCUCCGACGGACAAGGAAUGCCACGAUUUGCGUUUGCAGACCGUGGCGUCAACAAAACCCUCUGACUCCGGGAUCGAACCCGACAAUCAAUUCCACUCGAUGAGCGCGUUGGAGAUCUUGAGGGAAACGGUUCGGAUUCUCCGCUACAAUUCUACUGCGUUUGUGGUUAUUGCCAUUUUGCUUAUUUGCCCUGUUUCCGCCGUCUUUUUAUCCAAUGUGUUAGUCGAUGAGUCGACUGUCAAGAUGCUGACUAUCCGAUUGGUAUUAAUAGCCAGGUCCAGUGGGCUCCCAUUGAUGCCCAUGAUCGAACAUUCAUGCCAGAGAUUUGCCGAGUCGAUUCUUUCCUCUGCAGUGUGCUUUCCUUUGUUCGUUACCUUUUCUUUGUUAUCAAAAGCUGCUGUUGUUCAUACGGUGGAUUGUACAUACGCCAAAAGAAGGUUCGAAGCAGGCCUGUUCCUCGCUUUAGUUCGUAAUAUAUGGAAUCGUCUUGUCACGACAUAUGUUUCUGUGUGUCUUGCGAUUGUUGGGUGUCUUACAACGUUCUUGGUUCUGCUUGGUGCUGUUUGCAGUACUUUUUAUGCAUUGGGGUUUUCGCCUGAUCUUAUUAUAUCUGUUGCUGUGAUUGGGGGGCUUGUGUUCUCUGUUAUAUUUGCUAAUGCUGUCAUCAUCUGCAACAUUGGGAUUGUUAUCUGUGUAUUGGAAGAUGUUGCAGGGCCAGGGGCAUUGCUUAGGUCGUGUGUUCUUAUUAGGGGUCAAACUCAAGUGGGGCUUUUGAUAUUUCUGGGAUCCACAAUUGGGACAGUGUUUGUGGAGGGAUUGUUUGAGCAUAGGGUUAAGACACUGAGCUAUGGAGAAGGGUCUUCGAGGAUUUGGGAAGGCCCUCUUUUGGUGGUUAUGUAUUCAUUUGUUGUGCUUACUGAUUCUGUGAUGAAUGCAGUUUUUUACUUCAGCUGCAGAUCUUCAAGUAUGGUGAUAUCAGACGAUUCUGUUUUGGAUGGAUCAAUUGGUAUUCUUUCAUUCGAAUUGGAUGAUAGUUUCAUAGAUUGAUUGAUGGAUUGAACAUGGAUACGAGAAACAAUGGCGACCAAAUUCUUUGUUGUUGUUCAAACGUGGCUGGAAAUGAUUUGAAAAACUGCAUGAAGUUGGGGUAGGCGAUGUGGGAUUUUGGCCAAAUUUGGGGUAUUGUUCAUUUUGGACACCAUUUUUCUGCAAUUGUUAGUGCUUGAAACAUGAGCGGCAGCCGGCAGGCAUCCACAUUACAACAACUUAUGAGGUCCGGCUUCCACCUUUCCUCUUCCAUUGCCUUUAGAGCGCUUCUUCUUUCCCAUUUUUGCUUUGCCAUUUCUCAACCAUGUGAUGUUGUGAGUUAUGAUUCAGUGGCAAUAAUUUAGAAACCUUAUCAAUCUUGUGUAAGCUUUUUGUAUCAAAUUCUAAUAGCCUUCUCCAGCAACA